GCAGUAACUCAUCGCCAUGGCAAACCUUGAAGAUGGUGAGAUUGUGGGUGAUGGAGAAGAAGGUGAGAUCGUGGAUGAGGUCAUGGGCAUCGCGGACGACGAGAAAGACUCCCUCAAAAGCAGGCUCAAGACGGUCACCGAUGAGCUUGUCGCCGCGAAGAUGCGGAUCUCCCACGUCGAGCACGAGAACGACAUGCUGAAGAAGAACAUGAAGAAAGCCGUCAAGGAGGUCUUCCCGCUCGCUCCCACCGCAAUUCGCGGCACUCGUGCGCUGCGAGGGGGUGGUGGUGCAGUUGGUGUCGUCGACCCAAAGGACUUCGUGGACGUUCACUGGGAUGUGGGUGAUCCACCGGCACUCAUCAUCUCAGACGUGAGCUGACCGACUCUGACAGACAAGGGAGAGCUGACCGUCAGCCAAGUCUCGGGUGUGCCGGUGUGUGUGUGUGACUCAGGCCACCGGAUACGCGGUUGAUUUCCAACAGCAGAUGUCCCAAGGCACGAAGGUGAUGGCAGAGUACAUAGUCGACAAGUUCAGGUGGCCACUCAGUCAAGGGACCAAAGUGGUAAGCGAGUUAAUGGGAGUCAUACGUGUACACCAGUGUAUGUGUUCCUGUGUUCUCUCUGCCAGGCGCUCGUUAACGACGGCAACCCAUCGCUCGCCAAACCGCGCAGAUGCUCAUACAAGAAACUGGCGAAUUGGCUGUUCACUCUACGAAAGGUGCGCAUCGCCACGUAUUGCGACUUCGACGGUGAGGUCAGCGGGGAUGUCUCCAAUUGAUGUGUGCAGCAACUACCGGGGGUCCUGGAGCGGUGUGGUUACCCUAAGGACUCCGUCAAGGUACUCAUCGGCCCUGGAGAGGGAGAACACCAGUGUCAGUGGAUCCUUCGAUAUUGCCUGGUCAGCACACAGAGGCGGCAUCCACUCUUGUGCGCACUCACACACACACACACACACACACUCACACACACGUAUGUGGAUGGGAGGGUUUGUGUUUGUCUCUCUCUCUCUCUCUCUCUGUGUGUGUGUGUGUGUGUGUGUGUCAUGCACAGACACAUGGACGUUUCCCGCCGACCGAGGGCAUCCACUGGCAGCUCCCGACGUUGUCAUCCUUGAACAUCAUCUACGACACACCUGACACCGACAACAUGAUCCACGGAGAUGCACAAUUUGUACGGAGAGAUGGACUGUGCUGCAAGCGGUCAACAUGUGCCUUGUGUGUGUGGUACAGGUGGACUUCGGCAUGUGGCACGGCAAGACCGCUCGGCUCACUCGCAAAAAGAUGCUUCAGAGGACGAAGAAACAGUUUGACACUCGACGCAGUCAUGCACAGACACAUGGACGUUUCCCGCCGACCGAGGGCAUCCACUGGCAGCUCCCGGCGUUGUCAUCCUUGAACAUCAUCUACGACACACCUGACACUGACAACAUGAUCCACGGAGAUGCACAAUUUGUACGGAGAGAUGGACUGUGCUGCAAGCGGUCAACAUGUGCCUUGUGUGUGUGGUACAGGUGGACUUUGGCAUGUGGCACGGCAAGACCGCUCGGCUCACUCGCAAAAAGAUGCUUCAGAGGACGAAGAAACAGUUUGACACUCGACGCAUCGGUGAGCCUGUCAGACACACACACACACGCAACACAGACGAGAGAGGAGACAGACGUGUGUGUUUGUUGUGUGUAUGCGUGUGGGUGUGUGUGUGUGUGUCUGUCGCUCUCACUGCACCAGAUGUCUACCGAACGAUCUCGAUUCUGCUGGCGGUGCAAGGCAGCAAGUACCUGCCCCGCAUCCAACCCAGGCUGUCAUACAAGCGCAUCGUCAAGGAGGUCACACGGCUGGCAGAGCAGCACUCGGGCCUACAGGUUAGACAAUGCGGCCAACACGCAUCGUGUAUUUGAUGCAUGUCUGUGCGCAUGUGUGCAGCUGCUCCUGGCGGCCAUCGAUGCGCUGUGGAGCGACGGCAAGAAGCCUUCUGGGUGGAACAAGACCAAGUUUCGCAGCACCAAGGCCGACUACAAGCGCAUCGCCAAGCACGUCUACGAGCUGCCGCUAAAGGUGUUUGACAGACGUAGCAAGACUCUCUGGGUGUGUCAAUGUGUGUGCCCAUGUAUCACAGGCGCCCGUGUACAAGACCCGUCACACCUUCGACGGCCGAGUGGCUGGCAAGGUUCGCCCCUUCUCGGACGACAUGCACCAACGUACGCCGAUUCAUGUCGACACGAACACAGCACCACAUCGGUGUUCACCCAUGUGAUGGUUGGUUGCUACAGAGUAUGCGUAUGAGAACGACAACACAUGGAGUGACACCUACAUCGCCAACACAACAUUCUCGAUGGGCAAACCCUUCAGCGGCUCGGGGUGGACCGACAUGGACGGUCUGGCGAUGAUGCUCGAGGAUGAUGAUGAGGAUGAUGAUGAAUACGUAGAGGGGAGCGAUGAGUCAGGCGAUGAGUCGGGCGAUGAGUCACUCCAUGAGUCAGGCGAUGAGUCAGGCGAUAUGGAUGUAGAUAGGUGAGCCAAGCCGUCGUACCUUUUGAUCGGAUGUAGACCAAUCGCACGGUGAUACAUGAGGGAUUGAAUGAUUUACU